UUUUUAGUAUUAAUGCUAUGAAGAGCAUGAUAAUUAUUUUGUCCCAAUCUCCAGUCCCCAAAUAGAAAUGCCAGGUUCCCUCGCCCCUGGUUUCAGUUUAAUUCAUGUAGCUAAAAGCUGGAAAAGGUUAAUGGGCGGUCGAUUCACCCAUGGGCAUGGGGGUCCGUGUCACAGCUAUAGUAUAUCAGUAGCAGUCUCAAAGGGCUUUUUUUGUGGAGCAAAAAUAGGAGAAGGGGAGCUUGAAAUUAGCCAUCUACAGUUUGCAGAUGACACACUAUUUAUGGGUGAGGCAACUGAAAACAACAUCUGGACAGUCAAAUGUAUUAUGAGAGCUUUUGAAUUGGUGUCAGGCCUGAAGGUAAAUUAUAGAAAGAGCUCUUUAAUUGGAAUCAACACUGAUGAUGAAUGGAUUGAAAAAAUGGCAUGGUUGCUAAGCUGUAAAACUGAUGUCCUCCCCUGCAAAUACUUGGGGGUGCCACUGGGUGCAAACCCAAGGAGACUAGUCACAUGGAAACCUCUAAUCGAGACAUUUAGGAGAAAACUCUCAGCCUGGAAAGGAAGAUUCUUGUCUCUUGGUGGAAGAAUCACCCUCAUAAACUCUAUGCUAUCCAGUCUACCAGUGUUCCUGAUGUCAUUCUAUCUUCUCCCUAAACAGGUAAUCUAUGAACUUGACAAAAUUAGAAGGAAUUUCUUGUGGGGAGGGGCUAAGGAAGGUAGAAAGAUUGCAUGGGUGUCUUGGGAUAGGGUAUGCUAUAGUAAAAAAGAGGGAGGCUUGGGGGUAAAAAAUUUGAGAUGGUUUAAUAUGGCAUUGCUUGGCAAAUGGUGGUCGAGGCUAGUAGUAGAGGGAGAGAAGGGUUUAUGGUCUAGGGUACUUCUAGAAAAGUAUGGUGGCAAGGAAGGAAAUUGGUUGUCAUGGUUGAGAGAGAGUCGGGGUUUAGGAUCAUCUUGGUGGAAUGAUGUUUGUAAAUUGAAUAGAGGCUUAGAUGGUAAGGACGAGUGGCUGUUUUCAAAUUUUAAGUUGAAUUUGGGUGAUGGGAAAAGUGUUAGGUUUUGGAAUGAUGCAUGGGCAGGGGGGGACACAUUAGCUAAUAUUUUCCCCAGACUUUUCUUGUUGGCUACAGAAAAAAAUUGCAGCAUCUACGAUAUGGGACAUUGGACAGAUGGGUGCUGGGUUUGGAGGUUCCAAUGGAGAAGAAUACUUCGAGCCUGGGAAGAGGACAAAUUGAACCAACUAACCGAGGCUAUACAACACAUAAAGCCAACGCAGGACAAGAAGGACAAUUGGAGUUGGAGGCUACAUGGUGAGGGAAAAUAUACCACAAGAUCUGCCUACGAGCAACUUGUAAAGAAAGAGGAUAACAAGCUAAUGGAGUACAGAAAACUGUGGAGUGCACAAGUUCCAUCAAAAAUGGCACAAGGGUUCAAGGACUUUAAAAAAGGGUUGGAACAUGUUAUGGUUUACCAUAGUGUGGUCAUUGUGGUUGAAUAGAAAUGAAACUGCUUUUCAGCACAAGAAGAUUAAUGAGGACAAGCUGUUUAAACUUGUACAAAGCCGUUCAUUUCACUGGGUUAGAACUCUAUUGAACCUAGACUUUUCUUUCUUGGAAUGGAUUUCUAAUCCAGUGAGAUGCCUGACUAAUAGGAAAUAGAAGCUACAAGGGGAACUGGAGUCCAAGUGUCUUAUUAUGGAGUAUUUUUGGCUUUUUGUAUUUAGUCCACAAUUCUACCUAUAGCUUUACACACUGAUGUUUAAGGGUUUGAGUACCCCUUGUACUCAUAUAAUAUAAUUUCUUUGCUUUU